CAGGUACCCAAAGUCCUCCCAUCUCUAGCGGCUACAUUAACAACAAAAGAUUUUUGCAAAAGUAUGUUUUUAACUCUACUAAAUGGUCGCGGUUUCGUUUUCAAUGUUGACGAUUAUAUGGAACUGCGAAGCAAACAUCGUAUAAUGGGUGCUCCAGUGGGUACUGCGAACACCAAAGGCUGGAGUCCCAAUCAGUCAACGCUUCCAGUGGAACUUAGUAAAUUCGAAACCCAGUUAGCUUUGGAUGAAAAUAUCGCAAAGUUAGUGGACAAAUCUCAAGCCUUAACAACUCCACCAACAGUUGAGAAACUGAAGGAGUACAAAACUGAUUUCGAAAGUCAAUUAGUGUGUCAGAAAGAAGCACUAAAGACCGAAAAGCUUCGGGAAACAGAACGUUACAUCGAAAGAAUACUUAUGGGCAAACGGAAGAAGUUGCUCAAGCAGGGAAAAGAUGAAAUGGCUAAUGCUCUAACUUCCCAAGAUGUACUGAAAGAAGUGUCGGACAACUUUAAAUUUGAUCGUCAAAAUGCCUUGGUGGAGGUGCCUUGUGAACAUCUUAAAAAUCAUUCUGCAAAAAUAGUUUCCGGACCUGUGGUGAACAUAAAUUCCCUAAAAUAUCGAAUUUUCAAAGAUCUUUGGAAACAGGGAAAGUUUGUGACCUCGGGUGAAGCUUUCGGAGCGGACUUCCUGGUGUACCCCGGUGAUCCCCUCAUCUACCACGCCUCACAUAUUGUGAUUGUGCAAGAUACACCUGUAAUUAAACCCUUGGAACUGGUGGCCAAAGUUCGAUUGUCUGUUAUUGUUAACAAGUGCUGUGUUUUCGCCUACGAGAAAGACAAUCACGAGGGGAUCCAUUAUCAAACUGUGGCUUGGUGCAAUCCCAGCAAGUGAGAAAAUUAAAGUUUCGUGAAAGCAGCGCGCCAAGCAACAAGAAGAAGAAGAAGCAACAGAGGGAGUAGGAAAGCAGAGGCGUAGUGAGGAAGAGGAGUU